AUGCUGAUCAAUGAUGUAUUUAAAAUCUCCCCCUCCAACUUAAAGGACGUCGAAAAUUUCCUGGGUGCCGCCGCUGCCGCCUGUGUAUCUCAAAAGCUUAUCUGCAAUAUUCAAGUCCUAGCCAAACCGCUUCGCAGGUUAAAGAACAAAGACACUACGUUCUUAUCGACUGAAGAGCAAGAAAACGCCCAUCAAUUACUGAUAGCAACCGUUGGCACAGCUCCCGUUACUUCGCCAACCGGAUUUUACGAAAAGAGCCGAAUUUCAUUGCGAUGCCGCUAUGACAGCCGGUAUAGAAGUUAUUCUGUGUCAGCGACCAUCAAGACGAACCCUAAUUCAUUAGCAUUUGCGUCCGGAGCAUUAUCAACUCCGAAUAACAAGCAUUUCAUCAGUGAACUAGAAGCAUUCGCUAAAGUAUGA